AAACAUCCCUUUUGGAGUGUUCAGGUAAGAUCGAUUGGUUUCUUUUUACGAUAGAAUAGAAUUUUAAUAUCAGUCAAUUGUCCUUUUUAAAAUGAUUUUACCCGUCAAAGUUGGGAAAGACAAUCCACCCACUCACCAAGUUCUCUUUGUCCACUGAGAGGCCGCCGAGCAUUCCCAAGUAAGAAAAGUUAUCAUGCGAAAAAAUGAAAAUAAAAAUAUAAACCUAAAAUGAUUAAAACUGCGAAAGGUUUUUAAUACCGUCAACUGACGUGGCACAACUUACUUUGACUCUGAAGAUGACUACUGCUCAGGUUGUCGAAACGUCAGUUCAGUCAGUCACUGUUAACAACAGUCCUAUAGUAUUCAGGACGACGUUCACUCGGACGAUUAUACUCAACCUACUUAUAAGACGAUUAAGGUGGAUAACAGAACUUUGUGCUAUUUUGUUAGUAGAAAAAAAUUAAAAACGGAUAUUAUGAAAUACCCAAUUUGCAGAAAAGCUUAAAUUUGCCUGUUUUUAAAAGAUACAAACAGUGUUCGAUUGCCCAACCUUCAAUCGCCUUUCUCUCGAUGGGCCAGAUAAUUAUUAUGUCAUUUAAGGAACAGGUUUCCGCUGAGCAAUUCUGUUGUUGUUUUAGAGCCAAUCCUGAAGACAGCCUUUGAAUCUGAUAUGUGUAAGGAAGAAGGUUUAGUCUCUGCCCUUUUGAUUCACAUGGGUCUUCUCAAGGUAAUAACACUGAUCAGCUUAGUGAUAGGAAUUGUAGCUCUUGUCUCUUCGUUUUGGUUGGCUCCCCAAAAAAGUCGACUUGUGGACAAAUCUAUGGGGGUCAUGGGGCAUGUGUGUUAGCCAGCCGAGGUUGGAGAAUAAAACGUGGCGAGUUGAGGGUUGUACGCCUGAAAGUUUCUCCUUGCUUUUUGUCAAGAAUAUAGCAGCUCGAUCAUUAAAAAUAACAAUUAUUAUAACAAGUCCAAUCAAAAGCUCUUAUUUUUCGUGCCCCGAGAAUCUCUCUUGUUGACUAUGUCGGUCAACCGAAAAGUCGACUGACUUGACCUUAAGGUUGUCGCUUAUAUGGUCUAUGCAAUACGUAAUUGUUUUGUAGCUCAUUUCUACUACCAAGUGUGAUGUGUUGUCGUGUAAUUUUAUUGUUAUCUGCUUCUUUGUUGUUUUUAGGGCGAGGAGAAGGUUGAAUCCGCCAAAGACAUAUCCGGUCCACUAACGGCUUUAGAACAUGCUGCUAAACAACCUUAUUUUCCCACACAUUUAAAAUCCUUCUUCAUCGCUUUUAUUUCAAAGUAAGGAAAAUAAAAUUUUCAAAUAGUUGUUGACAUGUUUAAAGAAAUUAAUGGAUAAAAGCAAAGGUAACUGAACCAUGCUUUUCUAGGGAGCGUUCAAGCUUACCUACGAUCCAGCUACCAAAUACCGUGUAGCAUGAAAAUUUUGCGGGUUCUAAUUUUUGCGAAUUUUGCGGAUUGACCUCGAUCCGCAAAAAUUAGUUCCCGCAGAAAAAAAACCCGCAAAAUAAAACGCCGCAAAAAUUAACUCCCUUCAGUCAAAUUAAAAACUCUGCUUUUAAUGGACUUGUUGUGUAUGUUAGGGAUAGGCUUUUGUGUUGUCUUCCCUUGCUGUUGUUUAGUCCCUUUGUGCAGUAAGAUAUAACAGUGAAAAUAUGUAAGUAGAGUGAACUUUGACUCAACGUACGGUAAAAUGAAAGUUGAAAAUACCAUAUUAAGGUUUCUUCCACUUAAUUUGUUCCCCCAAACCACAAAAAAUCGCCAAUCCGAAAAAUAAAACUCCCGCAAAAUUUUCAUGCUACACGGUAGGUCAGCUAAUGCGAAGACAUGCAACAUUUUAAAGUUUACUUCUUUUCGUUAUGAUCGAACUUAAAAAUAAUUUACCUUUUUUGUCUCUAUGGAAACCUAUUUUUGUUUUUAACACUUGCUAUCUUCAAGAUUUAUCAGUUCCUGGUAUUUGAUUCUAGCUUGGAAUAUGGAUAGGAAAAACGAUAUAACCCAUCUUUUCUGUUGUUUUCAGGCCCAACAAACUCUUGGAGUCCUGCUCAGAGGCUCGUCAUAGAUUUUUACAGACGCUCUAUCAGAUUUGAUCGUAGCGCGCCGGGUCCUAUUCACCGCUCAUCUGAAGCUGCUCCUUCCUGUUGUUUAUCCAAGAGCCUUGAGUGAAGAACAGAAGCCCAAGAUAUUUAGUUUAACUGCAUGAAAUGUAGUUGUCCAUGGCGUGUUCUUUGAUUACAGUAAAUUCUCUUUUAUUAAUGGACACAUCCCUAAAACGGAUUCACUAGAGUCGGUCCGUGCUAUUCAGUCGUUAGUCAUUUUAACUCACUUGCUUUAGGCCGAUCAUCUGGGGGAUUCAGUGCUGGUCCCAAUUAUUUCCCGUCUAAGAGAAAGAGAGAGAGAGGUUUGAUUGUACAGAUAGUGAUAUUUCUCCCAUCCUCGGAGGUGGCAGUCGGUCGCGUCGAGAAAAACGGCGCGGAGAAGGUUUUCAGGCCUUUGGAUAUUUUCCAAAUUCGCUUUUUUGAAAGUUUUUAUUCCUUUUGAAAUGCGACGUAAAAUGGAGGAUUAGAAGUCUUUAGUUCUUAUAGCGGCAAAUAGGUUACUACAAACUGUUUAACGACGCGAUCAAAGUCGAGAAAUCUUUUCUUUUGUCCUUAGUCAGCGUUCAGGUCCUGUGAAAUGGACAAGGGCAAUGUAUUUUUAGCUGUUGGAUAACGAUAACGUUCGUUUUGACAUCAGUCAAGAGCCAUUAUGGCUCUUGCUUCAGUAUACUUUGACGUACAUCUGAGAUGUAAUCUUUCCAAUCAAGCUAAGAUAAAUUGUGAAAGCUUCUAUGAGUU